GGUGUGGAGUGAUGAACUGGAAGUUUGUGCCAUGAAACAUGCAAAGAAUUGUCCAGGGGGUCACAGUGAUAUGUCUUGUGGAUUAGCUAGUGGUUAUCCUAUGGGAGAGAAUAUGCACUGGUUUCCAUGGCCACCGACAAAAGCAAAAUUAGAAUCACAGGUAUAUGAUUGGUGGAAAGAGCUCUAUUCACCUGGAUAUGACUGGUAUAAAGCCAGAGCUGUCAAUGGAAUUUGGGCCUCGACAGGUCAUUACACCAUUCAAGACGGUUACGGUGUCACGGAGGUUGGCUGUGGUUUUGUCGACUGUUCCGCCAAGGGUAAAUGGAGCACAUUCGUUUGCCAAUAUCGUUCAAGACCCGGUAAAAGAGCUAAGGCGAUCGGGGACUACGUCGAGAGUAUAUAUCC